UUAGCAAAACAGUUAUACAAAGUACAAACCAAAAAAUGCAGCAACGAAAGGACGAGCAAGAAGCCACUGCCGCUAAAACUACUCUGCGGUUACUGGAGAAGACGGUGAAAGAUAUGCUGGUGGACCAGGGGAGACUAGUGGAAGUACCUUACACGGCCACGCUAGGUGACACCAUGAACGCAUUGGUGGCCAACAAGGUGGUGGCGCUACCGGUUGCUGCGCCUCCAGGGCAAUGGAUAGGGGCUGGUGGCUCAAUGAUUUUGGAGUCUGAUAAACAGACGGGGGCUGUGCGGAAGCACUACAUAGGGAUGGUUACCAUGCUUGAUAUUGUGGCAUAUAUUGCUGAUGACGAUGGUAGUAAUGAUCAGACAACGGACGUUGCUAAUCUUGAGAAGAAGAUGAUGGUGCCGGUAUCGUCGAUUAUAGGGCGCAGUUUUGAGGGACUUAGCUUAUGGACUUUAAACCCAAACACAAACAUUUUGGACUGUAUGGAAUUGUUUAGCAAGGGAAUCCACAGGGCCUUGGUCCCAAUGGACAGUCAAAUGGAGAACAUUCAAGGAGUUGAACUUGUGGAGUCUGCAUCCAGCUAUAAGAUGCUUACACAAAUGGACUUGCUGAAAUUCCUCAAGGACCAUGCCUCUGAAUUGGGGGAGAUAUUAUCAAGCAGCAUAAAGGAAAUAGGUUGCUUAAACCAGAAUGUUUACGCCAUAACCGAUCGUACCAAAGUGAUAGAUGCCAUCAAAUGCUUGAGGACUGCUUUGCUCAAUGCUGUCCCUAUAGUUGAGUCCUCUAAUGAUUUUGAAGAAGAUCACCGACAGCUCGUAGAUGGCGAAGGAAGGAAGCCAAUUGGAACAUUUUCAGCAACAGAUUUGAGGGGUUGCCAUCUUUCGGCACUGCAGACAUGGUUGCCUCUAAGGGCACUGGAAUUCACCGAGCUAGUCUCAAGGAGCCCUUUAUUUGCAUCCAAGGAGGGGGUGUCGGCGCCAAAGGAAAUGGUGAGUUGCCAGCCGCAGGCGGCCCUCGCAGAAGUAAUUGAGAAGAUCGUAUCGAAGCAUGUGCACCGAGUGUGGGUGGUUGAUGAACAAGGAUUACUUGCGGGGCUUGUUUCUCUCACCGAUAUAGUUGGAGCCCUCAGGGUUUCGUUGUUGUGAAAGAUUGACGUCAUGUGAUCUUCCUAGUCUUGUUGAGAGACGUAAGAUCUUAGAAUCUUUGUUGUCUGCCUGUGCUUUCUGUAUAUUAUAAAAACUUCCUACAAACCUAAUUUUAUUGUUGGUUAGCUUUU